AUGCAAGUUGAGGACGUGUGCGGGAAGGAGGGGCUUUACAAGCUUGAUAAUACCGGGUUUCAGUAUGGGCGAGAAGUGGCGAUGCAUACCAGAUUCAAGUUCUUGAACGAUGAUGAGAUCGAGCGUGAAUACUCUGAGAGCAUCGACCUCAUCAAGAGGGUUACAGGGGCAACCAAGUUGUCGUCUUCGAUCACACUUUUCGUCGCCGUUGCCCAGGCGAGCUAG